CCGUUACAGUCGUUACCUUCAAAUACAGGAAUAAACUGACAGAACGAGAAAUAGCUCGUACUGUAAUUGACUGCUAGUUCGUCUUCUUAAAGUUUGGAGCCGUUUGUUUAUUAAUACAGAAUGGGAGCCUGUAUGGCGUUGUGUUCCCUUGCGAGCUGUGCCUCGUGUUUGUGUGGCUCCGCUCCAUGUCUCCUCUGUGGCUGUUGUCCUUCUUCCAAUAACUCCACCGUCACCCGGCUGGUCUUCUCUUUCUUCCUCCUCCUGGGGACACUGGUGUCUGUAAUCAUGAUCUUGCCUGGCAUGGAGACGCAGCUCCGCAAGAUUCCUGGCUUUUGUCAAGGCGGAACCACAAUACCAGGAAUCGAGAACCAUGUUAACUGCGACGUGAUUGUAGGCUACAAAUCGGUGUACCGCAUGUGCUUUGCUAUGGCAUGCUUCUUUUUCCUGUUUUCAGCAAUUAUGAUUCGCGUAAAGAGCAGCAAAGACCCUCGCGCCGCUGUUCAGAAUGGGUUCUGGUUUUUCAAGUUUCUGAUACUUGUUGGCAUCACCGUUGGAGCCUUUUUCAUCCCGGAUGGAACAUUUCAUGAUGUUUGGUUCUACUUUGGUAUCGUGGGCUCCUUCAUGUUCAUCCUGAUCCAGCUCAUCCUCUUGAUCGACUUUGCCCACUCCUGGAAUGAGGUGUGGGUGAGAAAUGCUGAGGAAGGCAACGGCAAGUGUUGGUUCUCAGGUCUGUUGUUCUUCACCGUCCUUCAUUAUGCCCUGGCCUUUGCAGCAGUCGUGCUGUUUUAUCUCUACUACACCAAACCCGACAACUGCGCCGAACACAAGUUCUUCAUCAGCUUCAACCUUAUUCUCUGCAUCAUCAUAUCUGUGGUUUCUAUUCUGCCAAAAGUGCAGGACGCUUCACCUCAGUCUGGUCUGCUUCAGUCUUCUAUUAUUACUCUGUACACUAUGUACGUCACCUGGUCAGCCAUGACCAACAAUCCUAAUCGUGAAUGUAAUCCUAGUUUGCUCAGCCUGGUGUCCAAUGUCAGCACAACUGAGGCCAUGCCCACAAGCUCACCUGGGAUGGUGCAGUGGUGGGAUGCCCAAGGCAUUGUGGGAUUGGUUAUCUUCCUCUUUUGCACCUUUUAUGCCAGUAUCCGUUCAUCCAGUAAUGCUCAGGUGAACAGGCUGAUGCAGACGGAGGAAGGGAAGGGCACUAUGGGAGGGGAGGAGGUUGGCGAAGACGGACUGAGGCGUGUCGUUGAUAACGAAGAGGAUGGCGUCACAUACAACUAUUCCUUUUUCCACUUCCACCUUUUACUAGCCUCUCUCUACAUUAUGAUGACACUCACUAACUGGUACAAGCCUGAUACAACCACUCAGGCCAUGCAGAGCACAAUUCCUGCAGUGUGGGUGAAGAUCAGCUCCAGCUGGCUGGGUCUGGGCCUCUACCUGUGGACGCUUGUGGCUCCUGUCAUUUUCCCCAGUCGAGACUUCAACUGAGCUCGAGUGGGUGAGACUCUCACCUGUUCAAACUGGCCGUGUUUGUGCUAUGGUAUAAAUAUUGCAAUCUACAAAUACCAUUAAAUAGCCAACACUAAAUGCAAUGCAAAUCUGAAACCGACAUUUGGUGACUAGUCUCGUAGGCCUAGUAGGUACUUACACGUAUUUAAAAAAAAAUGCAUGGGCAACAACAAAAGUAUGAUGCCGUGACAAGUAUUUAAAAAUUACGCUAAAGUAUAUUAAUUGUUCAGUAAAUUGACUCAUGACGUGAGGAUUACUGCUGUGCAGAAAGUCGCCAUUCAUUAUUAGCACACCUGAAGCACACUUUUGUGAGUAACAUAUCUUUGCAAAAAUGCCAGUUUGAAUAACAAAUUCCGUUUUGCUUUGAUUCCUCCAUCCUUUUAUCUCAUAUUCACGUCCUUAAGAGCUAAAAUGCUUGGACAAUUAAGGAAAUGAGAAGCACCUUUUUGCUUAACGAUUGAUUCGAUGCUGUCUCAUUUAUUACACUACAUUUUAAAUCGUUGGCGGCUGUGAGAUUUGAAAGUAAUCUCUUAUGCCUACCAAAGCUGCAUUUAUUUGGUCAAAAAUACAGUAAAACCGUAUUAUUGUGUAAAAUUACAAUAAAAAAACUGCUUAUUAUACAUUUAAAAUAUAAUUUUUAGUUACAGCAAAGCUAAUUUUCAUAAUCCUUUACUCCAGUUUUUGGUGUCACAUGAAUCAUAAUUCAGAAAUAAUUCUAAUAUGCUAAUUUUGUGCUCAAGAAAUAUUUAUUAAUAUUAGCAAUAGUGAAGUUUUGCUCGAUAUUUUGGAAAAAACAUUAAAUAUUAUUUUUAUGAGUCUUUCUGCUUAUUUUGCUUACUUUAAUGCUGGUGUUAUUCUGUCAAAAGAGUCACUAUAUCUCCACACAUGAAGGAUAAAAGAAUGAAAUAGGUCGCUUCUAGCGCGUUUGUCGAUAUCUUGAAUUAUUCACCAUCACAUGGUACUUGAGGGUUAUUUUGUUGUCAUUUCAAACUCAGUAUGGCUGUUAAGUAUGUUUUCUAAAGUCAAUAUUACUAGUUUAUCUUGUUUAACAGAUGCAAGCUACUCAAACCUAAGGCCACGCAUAUCCAGUGCAACAAAAUAAACACUAUCCUACAGACCAUCAUCACAGUGGUCCUAGCCACGAAUUCAAAUAUGCAUUAUACUGCUGCUAGAAACCUACUCUACCUGAAGAAAAAACUUUUUUUUUUUUUUUUUUUU